ACCAACCAGGUGGCAACGCCAUUUUGCCUAAAUAAUUAAUUCGCAAUUCUCGCAUCUGAUUUUUUGUAAAUAAUAGUAGAUGAGCACAGCCAUACAAACGUGUAAACAUUCAUAGAAUCAAAGCACAAUGGCUGAUCGCGCGAUCAAGCUCCUGGUGAUAGGGGAGAGUGGCGUGGGCAAGUCCAGCCUGAUACGUCGCUUCGUGGAGAACAAGUUCGAUGACAACCAUGACGUCACGAUCGGCAUGGACUUCAAGAGCAAGGUGAUGAACGUGGAUGGCAUCGACUAUAAGGUGGCCUUGUGGGACACAGCGGGCGCGGAACGCUUUCGCAGCCUAACGCCCAGCUUUUACCGAAAGGCAUUGGGCGCCAUACUGGUCUACGACAUUACCAGCCGGGACUCACUGGUCAAGCUGGAGACGUGGCUGGCGGAGCUGGAUAGCUACAGUGAUAAUCCGAAUAUAGCCAUCAUUGUGGUGGGCAACAAGAUUGAUCAGGAGCGGGAGGUGGAUCGCGAGGAGGGACGCAAGUUUGCACGCAAGCAUAGGGCGCUCUUUAUCGAGACAUCGGCCAAAUGCGAUCAGUUUGUGAGCGAUGUGUUCAAGGAUAUUGUGGAAAAGAUUGUCUCCUCGGAGUAUUUCAACAAUGGCAACGGCUCCACAGGCAUGGACAUUGGCGGUGAUCGGGAUCUGGAGGGCAGUGCCUCCUCCUGCUACUGUUGAUAUCUGGUGGUGUGCUUUUUGUCAAACAAAUUUCUAGCGUGUAUUUAUUUAAUCGUUCAAAUAUCAUUAGCAUAAAGCCAAAAAAAAAAACCACAAAAUCAGCGUUCAAUCUUAAAUCAAACCGGGAAUCAAUAGGAUAUAUAUUACGAUAUCCUUGGAGGUCCCUUUUCCAAAUCUAUGUAUGUAUGUACGUAUGUAUCUUGCAUUUUUUCCUAUAAUCUCCAUAGUUUUUGUUGUUGUUCCGUUUAGUUAAUGUCCCUAAAAUGUAUAAAAAAUCCUAGGUAAAAGCAAUUUAAUCGAUUUAAGUCCUGUUUUGUAAAUUAAAGGAAUUACUCAUUCGUAAA